AUGGAGAUCCACCAGGCCCUCACUGGCUUUUCCUCGAUCAUCAACCACCUCCUCCACCACAAGCAAGGCGAGGUCUUUGCUGCCUUCAGCUAUGCCUGCUCCACUAGCUGCCCCGGCGUCUGCAUCGCCACCUUCAGCCCCAACGCCACUAACCUAAUCUCCGGCCUCGCCGACGUCCUCCUCGACUCCAUCCCCAUAGUCGCCAUCACCGGCCAAGUCUUCCACUGUAUGAUUGGCACCGACGCCUUCCAGGAAACCCCAUCGUCGAUAGCUAUUCGUGCUAAGAGGCUCCUUGUGAAAGGAUGUGAAGGAUUUCUUGUCACUAUAUUAGAUACUCAGGAUAAGAAACUCAAGUUAGAGGAUAUUCCUGUUGUGAAAGAAUUUUUUGAUAUUUUUUCAGAUGACCUGCUUGGAUUACCUCCUGAUCGAGAGAUUGAAUUUUCUAUUGACUUGAUCUCUGGUACGAGUCCAAUUUCUAAAGCUCCUUAUUGA